CAAGGCUUUGCAUUAAUGGAGAAGUUGUUGGUGGCAGAGGUCAAGAAUGACUGCUUCAAGCAAGCCAAUCAUAUGGUGGAAUGCAAAUCUUACCAUAUGGCUUGUUGCUUUCUGCACUGUGGGGACGUGGUGCCUAAAGAUGUAAAUGCUGCCAUCGCCACCAUCCAAACCAAGCGCUCCAUCCAGUUUGUGGACUUGUGUCCCACUUGUUUCAAGUUUGGCAUCAACUACCAGCCGCCCACUGUAGUUCCUGGUGGAGACCUGGCCAAGGUCCAGAGGGCUGUGUGCAUGCUGAGCAACACCACUGCUAUCGCAGAGGCCUGGGCUCGGCUUGACCACAAGUUUGACCUGAUGUACGCCAAGCGCGCCUUUGUUCACUGGUAUGUGGGUGAGGGUAUGGAGGAGGGAGAGUUCUCUGAGGCCAGAGAGGACAUGGCAGCUCUGGAGAAGGAAUAG